AUGUAUCAGGACAUCUGGUUGGCUCACUUUAAAGUGCAACUCUCAGCAGGUAAGACAUGAUUUACUCCUAGAAUUUUGUGAGUAAAUCUGUUUACUAGCGACCUGUGAAUUUGGGCUAUGGCCAUUGUUAGAAUUAGUAUAAACACAAGCUAUAAUCCUUCCUAAUACUGACUUUCAAUGACAGUAUUAUGGAAUUUUAUAUAAUAUUAGUGCCAUGAAAUAUAAUAUAAAACAAAGUGGAACUACAAAGCCUUAAAGGUUACACUCUGAAAACAGUACCAAUAAAUAGAAUACAAACCUUUAAACAAACUAUAAUCACGAUCGGCAUUAAUACAGAAACAGUUUCUUGCCAAAAUCUUCGAUUUAUCAUAUAAAAUAAACACCACUCUCAUCGACGCCAUGUUCGAAAAAAAAGACGGAAAUUGUACGCCUAAAUUCGCUACUUUCCCAAAAGGCACUGGAAACUAAUAACUUUUUGACCCAGUCAUUAACGCACCUGAGAGGGUAUACUUGGAAAUUACUGAACAAUAUAUAUUAAAAGUUACGUGCAAUAUUUCAUGUCGUUGAUCCUAAAAUUUUUUCCUAUUUUGUUUAUUGCAUGUCGGUCUAGCAGCCAGUGCAUGAAAUAUUUCAUGUCGUUGAUCCUGAAAUACGAAAAAUUACGAUAAAAUAUCGUAUGUUAUAGGAUAGUGACUGUUUUCAUAGUGCUUGUGUAUUUAUUUUUUAUAGGUCACAUGUUUUCGUUGAGUCGUAUCAAAAUACAUAUAUUUUUUCGUUGCAUAUACAAAGAAAUAUGCAGUUUUUUUAUCCUCUGAGGUCACUCAUGCAGGCGAGCGUUAGGUGACUUUGGCACUUAUUUCAGGUUAAACUUCUGCCUGGUGUAGCAUUUUGCAGGAAUGAAAAGUUGUUCAUAGAGGUGAAAGGUGAAUCACUGGGCUAAACAUUCUAAACAAUUUUAUUUACAGGAAAUGUGAGACGAAUUUGCAACAGUAUUAAUGGUCGGCCUGUCUGGGGCGAUGUGAGUUUUUUCAACUGUAGAAGUCCUGUCGUCAUCAAUCUUGUUGAUGAGGUGAUUGUCAAAGUAGAAUUUAACUGUAUGAUUAAUUGAACUUAUAAUCGUAAUUGUGUCUUAACUAACAGAAGAUUAACGAGAAGUUGUAGGUAAUUUACUUGAUUUUUUCAGGUAGUUAAGAUAUAAGUUACGGCAUCUCAUUGCAUAAUACUACCUAAUCUUGAAACCUAUAUGUUUGAGAUAUCGUUUUCCAACCUGAUAUGCUACUUCCAACCGGAAAUUUAAAGCCAGACUUCCCAAUCUUGUCACGCAUACGAGAGCGUUCAUUCCACUCAAUGACCCAAUCAAUCAUAAUAUAAACAAGCGUGUCUGGGGGUCAUAUUUGGCAUCAAUGAUCGUAGAAUACUAAUUAUCUGCAUCUGACCUUCACCUUUAAUUAUCUGAACAAAGCUAUAACUACAUUGCUUCACUUGUAGUUGUGUGUGGAUGUGCGUAUGUUCAUAAAAUGAGUAAUCUCAUAUAUAGCUGGGUUACAAAAUUAGACAUUACGGCACAUUGUUGUGAUGAGACAAUUGUCAGAGUCACUAAAUUGUCCACUACAUGUUUUAAAUUUCCGUUUGGUGGCAAAUACAUGUAAUUGAAAAUAUUUGAAUCACUGCCAUAACUAUCAAUACAUUUGUAAUUAACGACCAUACUUGACUGAUAUCCACUUUUAAGAUUUCAAGGCUGGUCCAGGGCUUUCAAUCGAAGAAUAUUAGUGACAUUUUGGAAGAAACUAAACGAAUCUCAGAAGUCGAUGACCUUUAUGCAAGAGAUAUUCAAGACAUUGUUCAAGAGGUUUUAGAGAACACAAAGCACAGAACGAAAACUCAAAAGGAUCGUCAGCAAUUUAUUCGCUCAUCAAGUAAUAUAGUGAGUCAGAAGAGAAAGAAUGUAUGGAUGACUAUAUCGGUAAAACGACAUUCAAGUAUUUUAAAGUUGCAGAACGCAGUAGGACACCACACCCCGCCUAUGUCCAAAGUUCAGUCGCUCACUUUUCUGUGUGAUCUAUACACUUUUGAAAUCUCAAUUGUGCUUUGGUCAUUUUUUAUGUCCGGAUUAUGCGCAAUAAGUCCUAGAUAGUAAGCGUAGCAAAUUCCAGUUAGGAAAGGUAAUAAACGGAAAUUAAUAUGCCGGCACAUAUUUUUUUUCUGACUUAUCUCUUGAGAGCGUCAUAGCUAUAGGGUAACAUUUUCUUUGCCAUAGUAAAUAUUAGUUAGUAGCAUAUCAUACACGAAAUGAAAGCAAAGUCCAUAACGGCUGGGCCCUUUCUCUCUCCCUGAUCUUCGCAUCUAUAUCGAUCAGUCACUCCACUACGCGAAAGCCCGGCUCGAACAUGCUGAAAUUAUAUGUCCGUAACGGCGAGAGACCUCGCUUUAACCCUGAUGUUGUUUCUCCAGCUUUUCUGGUAGUCCUUACUUCCAAGAUACCACACUUUGCUUCAUUCAAUUAUGGUCACAAAUAAUUUGCGUUAUUUAUUAAAAGAGAAAUUCAACAUGAAAGUUGACUUAUUUACGCAAAUUUGUUAUUGUAGUAUCAAGACACGACGUUGUUGUGUUUUGCUUGUAAAAUAUUAAUGAGUUUAAAAAUAUAUCUCGCUCAAAACUGUUUUUGUAUUCCAGUUUAGAAAUAAUUUAGCGAAGCAGGUUAUCAGUGGCACGGAUCUGAAUGCGAGGAACUACAUCUCAGGGAAUGCGGAAAUUGGAAAAAUUGUUUCAUAUAGUACACCCAACAUAGAAGUGCUUGGAAUACUUCUACGUGGAAUACUUCAAGCUAAAGAUAUCAGCUUGCUGGACACAGAUGGAGAGGGCGUGAUUAUACCCGGACUUGUAACCAAUGAAUUACAACAAGCAACCGUAGUGAAGUACAGUUCAAUCAAGGAUAUUUUAUCUGACGAGGAUCUGAAAAAAUCCGUGGAUAAUACUAUAGGAUCGACUGAAUCGUUGACAAUCAGAAGUACUAUUGUAUCUUUCAUAACCAAACCAGGGUUUAAUGAGUCGGUGUCUAAACCUUUUAAGAUUAUACUACAGAAUAACCAGGUAUGAAUUGAGUGUUUGUAACGCCCGUAUUCAAAAGCUCACUCACACUCAAUGAGUGGAAGUUCAAUCUGAGCUUCUCUCGCGUGUCAUUGCUGUUUUUGAAUAGCUGGAGGGCUAAUGUCAUACCUUUCUAUGUGACUACUAACGCUCCAGCUAUUCAAACAGAGCAUUGACACUCAAGAGAGGCUCAGAUUGAACCUCCACUCAUUGAGUGCGAGUGUGAGUGACCUUUUAGAAUACGGGCGUAGGUGUUAUUGCGUGUGAUUUUCUCCAUGGUUGGAUGAUUAAUGAAAAGCCCUUUAUCAGUUCUAAACAUUGGCGUGCUGGCAAGGUGCCAUGCCUCUUCCAGAGAAGGACUUUAACGGGCCGAAAAAGCUUUUAACUUAAUUAAGGGGGCCGAAAAUGCAUGAAAUGAAACCAAACUUGUCAAUUCUACAAAAUGGCCAAACGAGAUGAGGAAAGAUCGGCGCGUAUUAAGUAUCUUAAAUCGGUUCUAAACUGUUAUUCUUAGGAGUUAAGGAAGGGUGUAUUUCUUGUUAGUGCAUACGCACGUCUUUUACAAAAUCCAGUAUUCUGACUGGAUAUUCAACCAUGGACAAUUACGUAACAGAUAUAGUUUCGAGGGAAUUAUGCAAAGACUUCUCUUCGUCAAAACCCCAAAACAGAACAAAUGACGGUCUGAAGAAUUUAAAAACAUUUAUAGAUGUAUAUAGUCAAGCAACUAAAGGCAGUUGUAAGUUUUGAAUAACGAAAUGAACUUUUAUUAAUUAUGUUUGUCUUUGUUUCAUAUUUUGUGGAAAGUAAUAGCAAAUCAUUUAUUCAAUAUAGUUUACGUUUUGAUUCUUAACAUUAAUCGAAAGCUUUUAGUUCUCAUUUUAAAAUUGUAAACUUUCAUAACUGUAGUUCGUCAUUAACUGUAGCAUUGUAUUCAGUAUAGUUUUAUAGUCGAAAUACUAUAUGUACUAGUUAAAACAUGCAUGAGUAUCCGAUCCUUACCUGAUAUACAAAGUGUAACUGAAGGCGAGAGUUUGUAUAUCAGAUAAAGAUAGGAUUCUCAUGUUUUAACGUACUAAAAAAACGACCCAUCUUAUAUGAGUUCAUUGGCGAAGUAAUUUUAAAAAUUAACAUUGUCUAAGCCAAGAAAAUAAAAGCUGAAGUUCAUGUAAAUCAGGAUAGAUUUUUACCGGAUUUACAAACAUUGAUUAAACAUCCAUUUCUUUUGAAUUUUCUUCUUGUAUUAUUAAUGAGUAUUUUAAGUAUAUAUAUAUAUAUAUAUAUAUAUAUAUAUAUAUAUAUAUAUAUAUAUAUAUAUAUAUAUAUAUAUAUAUAUAUAUAUAUAUAUAUAUAUUUUAAUUAUAUAGUGUAAAAAGAGUGCUCAUCAUCAAGAAUUUAACAGAGCAAAUAGUAUUUUAACUUAAAAUUGAGUCUGGAAAGUUUGAACGUGCGCACGCUGUGCCAUCGCGCGUAUAAUUCAAAGAUUCAACCGUCACUUGUAACACCGUCACCUGAUGAUCGCACUCAGCGAUUUAUCAGUUAUAGACCUGAAACGAGGGGUAUUCCACAAAAAAUUACCCUGAGGGAUGAAAUAUUCCGAGGGCGAAGCCCGAGGAAUAUUUCAUCCCGCAGGGUAAUUUUUUGUGGAAUACCCCGAGUGAAAGGUCUAUAAAUGGUAUAUUAUACCGAACCUUUCAAAAAUAAGUAGAAAACAAAUACCAUUCAAUUAACUUUUAAUUUCAAAACACAACUUUUGAUAACUUUACAUUUAAAAAAGUCGAAUUUCCCGCUCAAGCGUGGUAUUCGAAGUCGAAUACCAUGGCCCCGGGUAAAACACCCAGGGUUCAAAUUGCCUAGGUCACAGUAUUCGCUGAAAAAUACCUUGGUCAUGUGGUACAAAUUUAGUUCUCUGAUUGGACAAGCUCAUUGUGAGGUAUAAUAUAUAUAUAUAUAUAUAUAUAUAUAUAUAUAUAUAUAUAUAUAUAUAUAUAUAUAUAUAUAUAUAUAUAUAUAUAUAUAUAUAUAUAUAUAUUUCAGAAACUCAUUAAUAAUUCAUGAGAAAAACACAAAGAGAAAUCAUAAGCGUGGCGUGUCUUUAUAUGUGAUAAAACACGCUUCAAAUUUCAACUUGUAUUUUCUCAGCUAAUACAAAGUUAUUUUGGAAAAUUAUUUCGCCAAUGCCGUGAUCUAACUGAGACGUUUUUGAAGCUGUUUAAUAAACUCGUAAUUCGUGUUUUAUCACAUAUAAAACACUCCGCUACGCGUCGUGUUUUAUAUGUGAUAAAACACUACUACUCGUUUAUUAAACAGUACAUAUAUAUAUAUAUAUAUAUAUAUAUAUAUAUAUAUAUAUAUAUAUAUAUAUAUAUAUAUAUAUAUAUAUAUAUAUAUAUUUAUCAGACUGGUUUUGAAGACCCAAGACGAACGUGUGCGUUUAUUGAGCCUGAAAUAAACAACAGCAUAUGGAGCAGUGAAGGAUGUACAUUGAAUGAAGCUGAAUCGAGUGAGAAAAAUGUUAUCUGUGAUUGUGAUCAUAACACUGCUUUUGCUAUUAUGAUGGAUGUUGCGGAUGUGCAGGUAAGAUGUAUAAAUCACUUCAGUUUAAUUAAGCUAAGUGUAGCACCAGUGAGUGAAUCCUACUAUACAGUUGAAAACGCCUAGCUUGUAACAAUGUUGUUGAAAACAGACCUGAACAAUAUUUUGCUGCCCAUAUUUUUCCUGGUUGUUAACAAUAUUGUUCAGCAUUUUACCUGAACGAAGCUGAACAAUAUUUUUAACAACCAGGAACAAUAUGGGGAGCAAAAUAUUGUUCAGGAUUGUUUCCGACAACAAUGUUAAAGGCUAGACGUUUUUUGCAGUGUACUGUAAGGGAUUUGUGUUAAGAAACGUGUUUUGUAUAACGUAGUGUGUUUUUUAAUAAAAGGAGGAAUACUAUUUCCACGUACGUUGUUGUCUACUGCGAAGGUCUGGGGAAGUUCUAUGUCAUUAUAUUUAUAUAUCCUGGCCAAUAUCCCGUGAUAACUGUAUAACGAGCCUUUUCCAUGUUUAAAAUACGAUUAAAAAUUCUUCUACACUCUCAGCCAUGUUUUCCGUCCAAGAAAUUCGUAGGGCUAGAGAUUGCCAUGGUACUACUGGAAUAGUUAGUAAUAUCAACCUGUUUUCCACUCCAGCGGAUUCGAAACGUGCUAUAUAUAGCGCUUUGUUUCGCCGUUAUUUGUUCCGCACCAAUGACCCCGAACUAGAAAUACGCUCAAAAUGUUGGGUUGUGAGUGCAUCUUCUUCGGUAAUCGCAUUCAUUUGCUUGAACUACAAGCAUAGCAAUAACAUUUGUUGCUAUAAUGGACUGUUCAUACGAUUUAGGCAGCCCAGCCAGCCGGGAUGAACAGUGUCAUGAUAGAAGAUCGUCUGAAUGAACUUCAUAACCGACUAAGCUAAUUCAGCUUUGAAAUGUCAUUUUGGAUAUUUAUCAAAAUUAUAUCGGUGAUAACAGCCUUAUUAAAGAAAUCAUUCCAGUAAACUGACCGGGCCAGCCCGGCUUCGUAUAAACACCGCUUAAGUUUGCAACAGAAAACAGGCGUAAAAAUUGUGGUGUCAAGUGUGUCUUGGGAUAACGUUUAUUUUAGUAAAACAAAACGAGAUGAGAGGAAGAAAAUUGCUGGAUUCUGGUUUCCAAGAAUCUGGCUAAUGCCGUCACCUUUAGCGUACGAAUAUUUUUUCAUUGACCAUCUCGUUUAUACUCUUGUUAGAAGCUUAAGCCUGACCCUUAAAUUAUUGUACGGGAAACAUGAGAAUAUGUCCUUAACUUAAGAAGUUUCUGGAGGUGAGGUGGAGAAAAUCUGCGGAGAAUAAUAAAAUUUAAGGACAGGUUUCGGGAAUUGAAAAUCUUUUGUUGAGACUCGUUGUGUCAUCAAUCUUAGACUGCGUUCAUACGACAUCGGGCAAAUUCGCAACCGUACGCAAAUUUGUUCACCCAGUUACAUUUGUUCACAAGGAAAUUGGUGCAGCUAGUUUUGUUCAAAUUCCUUUGGGUUUGUGUCUAUCAUGCAAACGAAAGGUAAAACUAGAUCUAGACAUAAUACUGGUUUCGUGUCUCUCAUGUGACCAGACACAGUAGUGAUUUGGCUUUAUGGCUCUUGUGUGAACGAAAGGCGAAACCAGACAGUACUAGAACGAGGUCUCCAAACUAGAUCAGAGCGUGCGCAAACUAGAUCACCGCGAGCGCAAAGACAUAUAACUUUCAAAAAUACCAAGAAUUUUGAUUCUGACGAAAGUAGCCGACUAACAAACUAACAGAAUAACAACUAACUAUGUAACAAAUACAAAGCGAUACCUUACUUGAUUUGGGCACUGCAAUAGUAUAAAUUUUAGUACGGUUUCGAAUUUAUCCGAUCACAAACUUUACACAAUAUUUGAUAAGAAUUUUCCUUUUUUCAGCCAACAGAGACUGAACGUAAAAUAUUAGAAACGAUUUCCACCAUUGGCUGUUCAAUAUCGUUGGUCGGCAUCACGCUUACCUUUCUUCUACAUGUUUGUUUCUGGAAACAUUUUAAAUCACCUCGUGUCAAAGUUUUGCUCAGUUUGUGUAUUGCCAUUGGAUUCACUGAUCUCUUUGCAAUACUGGAGGGUGUUGCCAGAGAUAGUCCGGUAAGCUUCUUUCCUCCAAAACGUUUUUACUAUGAGAUAUUAGUAGCAUAG